GUAAACGCGACGUUUUUAUCUUUACCAAUAAUUUGUUAUUUAUUUGCAAAAUAUUUCGAGAUUAAUAACUUAAAUAGUGUGAAAAGAUUAGGUUCUUUCCCUGAAAUAUAAAAUACCCGAAAACACAUAAAAUGGCACCGCGGGGUUCGCGAAAAACAAGAGAAACUGAUUCAGGCUCCGAUUCAGACAGUGCAUCAAGCGGCAGUCGCAGCAAGAGUCCCAGUCCCGCACCCGGUAAAGAAGGGAGCCGAUCUCGGUCCGGUUCGCGCAGCCCUGCCAAAUCUGGAAGUGAAUCUCCAAAGUCAAGUCGUUCAGGCCGAUCAAGGAAAUCUUCAAAUGCCUCUCGCAGUAAAUCAAAUUCACCAGCACCCUCACAAAGAUCUGGUUCGGCACACAGCAAUAAAUCUGGAUCUUCCAGUCCAAAAUCCCAGCACUCCGGCAGCCCCAGAGCAUCAAAAUCUAGAUCCAGGUCUCGAAGUGGAUCUGCCAGUGCUAGGUCACGAUCUGGCAGUGCCCAGUCUAGAUCUCCCAGCCCUAAAGAUGCAAGCCCUAAAUCUAAAUCUCAUAGCCCAAAAUCCAGAUCACAGAGUCCUAAAUCAAGAUCUCAGAGUCCUAAAUCUAGAUCUCAGAGUCCUAAAUCCAGGUCCCAGAGUCCAAAAUCAAGGUCCCAGAGUCCAAAAUCGAGAUCUCAGAGUCCAAAAUCUAGAUCACACUCCCCAAGUCCUAACAGGCAGAAGAGCAGGUCUCGGUCUGUCAGUGGCAGUCCGAAGAGUCGGAAAUCGCGAUCACGCUCUGGUAGUGCAUCAUCCAGGUCAAAAAGCCCAACUGCAAGACCUGAUGUGGCCGAUAGUAGGUCCAACUCUCCUAACCUCAUGAUUGAUGACACACCAGCCAAGGACAAAUCUCGGAGUAGAUCCAGAUCUGGAUCAAGACAAUCUAAGUCUAAAUCACGUUCCAGAAGUAAAUCUAAAUCAAAGAGCAGGUCCAGGUCAAGAUCUAAGAGUUCCAAUGCUUCUGAUGUUGAAGCAAGCAAGAAAAAGAGGGCAGUGCUUUCGGAUUCUGACAGUGAUGCCAAGAGUACGUCCAAGAGACGCAAGGGAUCUGACAGUGGGAGCGACACCAGCGGCAAACCCAAGAAGAAAUCCAAGAAAUUAGAGGAUUCAGAUGAUGAUAAUCAAGAGAAAACUGACACUGUCACCGCUGACGUGCUGUUUGGAGACGCAUCAGACAUCAGUACGGAGGAUGAAGCUGACAAGCAGUCGGCCAGGUCGAGGUCGCGGUCUCGCAGCCGCAGCCGGGACCGCUCUGAUGAUGAGCGGAGGUCGGGAGAUGAGGCCAAGGCCAGCGGAGACGAGGAAGGACGAGAGAAACCAGAAGAAGAAGAGGAAGUGGAAAUCCCGGAGACGAGAAUCGAUGUGGACAUGCCCAAGAUAUGGACGGAGUUGGGCAAGGAGCUGCACUUUGUGAAGCUCCCUAAUUUCUUGUCAGUGGAGACGAGGCCUUAUGAUGCUAGUACAUAUGAGGACGAGAUUGAUGAAGAAGAAACCCUGGACGAGGAAGGUCGGGCUAGGCUAAAACUGAAGGUAGAGAACACGAUACGAUGGCGUACAGCGUUCGACAAGGAGGGUAACGCUGUUAAAGAAUCUAAUGCUCGCAUGGUGAAGUGGUCGGACGGCAGUAUGUCCCUGCAUCUAGGAUCUGAGAUAUUCGACGUCUAUAAACAGCCGUUACAUGGUGACCACAACCAUCUAUUUGUCCGUCAAGGUACCGGUCUGCAGGGGCAGGCUGUGUUCCGAACCAAGCUGUCGUUCCGUCCCCAUUCCACGGAUUCCUUCACUCACCGUAAAAUGACCCUUUCCGCUGCCGACCGCUCCACGAAGACGUCAGCUAUCAAGAUACUGUCGCAAGUCGGUACGGACCCGGAUGCGGAUAGGAAGUAUCAGCUCAAGAAAGAGGAGAUGGAGCUCCGCGCGGCCAUGCGGUCGCGUGCUGCGGCGCGUCCCAAGCGGCGUGCGGGCGGGGGAGGGGCGCGCGCGGGCGGCGCGGGGGGCGGGGCCGCCAGAAACGACGACUCGGAAGACGAGGGGGGCGUGUCCCUCGCCGCCAUCAAGAAUAAAUACAAGGCCGGACAGAAAGCGUCAGCAUCAGCGAUUUACUCGUCGGAAUCAGAGGGUUCUGACGUGGAGACGACGCGCGCGCGCCGCCUCGACCGGGCCAAGGCGCUGAAGGACUCGGACGACGAAGGCAGCGACAACGCGCAGGGCUCGCAGCGCAGCGGCAGCGGCAGUCGCAGCGGUAGCGGCAGCGGCAGCGAGUGAAGUGUAGCAGUGAAGUGAAGUGAAGUGUAACAGUGAGUUGCAGUAGAUAGCAGUAGCAGUAGACUACAGUAUAGAGUAAGGCUGCGUUUCCACCAGAGAUGUUUUGCGAGGAAUGUG